UCACCAUGACAAGUCCUCAACUGUGUGGACAAAACCUGAAAAAUCUAUGACAUUAUGUGGAAUUGAAUUUCAAUUACUCGCAACUUGCGUAAUAAUGGAAAAUGCCGAACGACCUUGAAUAUUUUAUCGCAAUAAUUCGUGACCUUCAUGACUCGUCUCCUAACCCUAACGAUCUGUCAUUUAACAAAAAUGGGUCACACGUUGAAGCUGAAUAACGGUCGCGAAAUUCCCAUUGUAGGCUUAGGAACAUACAAGUCGCCCCCAGGUCAAGUCCAGGAGGCUGUCAAAGCUGCGAUUUCGUGUGGCUAUCGCCACAUCGAUUGUGCUUGGUUCUACGAAAACGAGGCCGAAGUAGGUCAAGGGAUCCACGCAAAAAUCGCCGAUGGGACAAUCAAUCGCGAGGAUAUUUUCAUCACGAGCAAAUUAUGGAACAAUUUCCACGCGAAAAACAGUGUAGUCCCCAUGUUGCGAGACUCCCUUAAAAAACUUGGCCUCGAUUACGUCGAUUUGUACCUAAUUCACUGGCCCAUGGGGUUUAAGGAGACGGCGCCGCCGCUCCCCCCGGACGCCUCCGGGUACAGCGACGUCGAUUAUCUCGAAACCUGGCAAGGCAUGGAAGAAUGCGUCAAACUUGGUUUAGCCAAAAGCAUUGGUUUAUCAAACUUCAAUAGUGAACAAAUUGAGCGAGUUCUACAAAAAUGUACAAUCAAACCCGUGGUUAACCAAGUCGAGGUCAACCCAAACAUCAACCAGAAAAAACUGAUCAAGUUUUGCAAAGACCGCGAUAUUGUUGUUGUCGGUUUCUGCCCUCUGGGGCGCAGCAAUUACGUCGGAUUGCGUCCCAACUUCCCCUCACCCACGAUCCACGACCCCAAGGUCAUAGAAAUGGGGAAAAAAUACAACAAAACACCCGCACAAGUCGUUUUGAACUAUUUAGUUUCUUUGGGGAUUUCAGUCAUUCCGAAAUCGGUCACCCCGUCGCGAAUUGAGGAAAAUAUCAACAUUUUUGACUUCCAGCUACAUAAGGACGACAUCGCGUAUUUGGACUCGUGUAACAAAAAUCAACGAUGUAGCCCCCAGAGUAAUCACGCCGACCACAAAUAUUUCCCAUUCAAUAUAGAAUUUUAACCAAGA